AUGCGCUGGAAUGACCGACUCAUGCAGUUGUCGAAUCAACUGAUGGAUUCGUCCGACGAGGAAAUCGAUGUCAUCAUAAGUACGGCAGCGCAAAAAGCCGUCCGCCAAGCCGCAUCUGUAGACUCACGGUCAUGGAGCGGGUCUCGUCGCGGUCGUCAGCCAAACAUUGAUCGAAACCGGACUGGUGGGCACCAGCAGAUUGUCGACGACUACUUUGGAGAGAACGGGAAACCAUCUACGUACACAGAAGGACAGUUCCGCCGCCGGUUUCGUCUGUCACCAUUACAGAAGUGCACUGCGUCCAUUCGUAUGCUGGCGUAUGGCGUCUGCGCUGACUCGACCGACGAGUACUGUCCCCUUGGUGAAUCAACAACCAUCGAAUCCAUGAAGCGCUUUACAAGGGCUGUCGUCUCAGAGUUCGGCCCCGUGUACCUGCGCGAGCCGAAUGAAGAGGACGUCGAAAAACAUCUCAACCUGAACGAAAGUCGUGGGUUCCCUGGGAUGUUGGGUUCUAUCGAUUGCACCCACUGGAAGUGGAAAAACUGCCCUGUUGCCUGGCAAGGCCAAUAUCAAGACCGCAACGGGAAGCGGUGUAUGAUAUUGGAAGCGGUUGCGACGCAAGAUCUGUGGAUUUGGCAUGCGUUUCUAGGGGUUCCAGGGUCCAACAACAACAUUAACGUUUUGGACCGUUCGACGCUGAUGGUGAAACUGGCUAAACUUGCAACUUCCAGUGAAGGAUUUUCGGUCAAUGGGAUUUCGUUCGACGUGUUUUAUCUCUUGGCCGAUGGAAUUUAUCCAUCACACUCGACGUUUCAGAAAAGUCUGAGCAGUCCUUCAACGAAGAAGGAAAAGUACUAUUGUGAACGACAUGAAAGUGUUCGAAAGGAUGUCGAACGUUGUUUUGGGGUCUUGUUUGGACGGUUUCACAUUCUGGCCAAUCCCAGCCAAUUGUGGAGUCGUGGCCACAUGCGCGUCGUGUGGCUUGCUUGCAUUUGUUUGCACAACAUGAUCAUCGAUGACGACAACACCAUGGAGCACCACCCCAAUGCAUCGGAAUGGGAUAACGACCUGGAGCGCCGUCGACCUCAGCAGCCAUUGUCCUUCGACGGUUAUUUGCAUCAACGUUCAACCAUGGUCGACUCCGAUACACAUGAUCUCCUGCGUCAAAGCAUCAUCGAACAUUUGUGGACAGAGCGUGGUAACAUGUAG